UAGUUGCAGACGAACGAUCGAGUUUCUCAGUUUGAACGUGAACGGGCUCGUCUUUGUGGUGGGUUCCAUUGAAUGUAAGUUGAAAAGGAUUUGCGAAUCAUUGGACUCUUGUUUUGAUUUGCGUUUGGCACAACCUCCCAAUUUGAUUAGAAUCGGGGUUUUUAAAAACACAUACCGGUACCACCACACUUACAACUAGUACUACUGCGUAUGAUAUCAAAUUUUGCUACCGUAUGGAUUGUAUUGUUUCAAUGUCGAUGCUUAUUCUUACUCUCCUGCAGCCGAGGUCAAUUCGGGCAGAAAUCGUCUGGCGAAGAUGUCCAAGACGGCAAAGCCAUCGGGCACACCGAUGACGUCGGCGCAUCGCGAGCCAAAACGCUCGACGAGGAAGAGGAGCUUUUCGUUUCGCCAUCGGAACUAUCCGGGGAGUUUUUGGACUCGGUCGGCUCGGACAGUUUUGUGGAGAUGGAUUUCAACGGGAAGGAGGAAACUGAGGCAACCGAGAGCGCCGAGUGCAGCCGAGAUGAGUCAGGGAAGGAGUCGACGGGCGAAGACGCGGGCGGCCGUCUGGCGGAUGACGAGCGAGAACGCGAUGCGGUUCCCGACUCCGGGGCCCGACAGUACGAGGAGGAGCGCAGCUUUGGCGCAACGAGCGACGACAAGAGUCUUUCCUCGGACAAAAGUGGUGAAUCAGCAAAGCAACCGUUUGUGCGCUGCAGCGCUUGUGUCCGCCGUGACAACGAGCGCGAGGAUCACGAGAAGACUCCCAAGAGCGCGGAGGCCGUCGGCCGCUCCGGAACCAAAGUGGACGACGAGCCCGGCAAAUCGUCCACAGACUCGGCGGCGGUCGUCGGGGAUGGAGAUCUUGCAGAGGAGAUGAGCGAGCUUGAGGUUCAGUCUGACGACCGGCGGCCCGAAUCGCCCCGGCAAGAGGUUUCAGAAAGGGUUUUGGACUCCAACGAUUUGGUUUUUGAGACAGAGACUAGCAGUAAGAGCCGAGUUGAAGAUGUCUACAGCGACUUCGUGGCCCAGGAGCGUGAGCACAUCCAGUGCCAUGAAACGGACGGGAGACGCAAAGGAGAGGAGGAAGAAGAGUUGAGCAAAGCAACUGGGAGAAAGGUGGUAUUUUGAACCAAAAAUUGUUUUGCGGAACAUCUGCGAUGAGCUUUUUUUCUCCCCAAAAUGAAACAUUCAAAGAGGAGCAGUCAUUGCAACAUUUUUGCCAGGUGUCAAAUAACGCCGCACUCAACUAUGAUGACUUGCCAAGAGCAAAUAUGAAAAUAUUGUUGCUAACUUCAAAACAGGAUGCUAAAUGACAAGAGCAAUUGACAGUUUUCCAAGAGGCCACUGUCACCCGAAAAAAAACUAAUGCAGAAAACCGAUCAUUUCGGACACUAUAUUAAAUGUACAUUAAAUGUUCAUUCCGUGUAAUUCCAAGUCUCACGUUCUGCGUGGGCUUUCUCCAGUUGAUGACUGCGACGAACAUGCAUUCGGUUAGGGUCAUUGCAAAUUGGAAAUUGUCCAUCGGUGUGAAUGUGCGCGUAAGUGCUUAUUGGUCUGUGUGUCAUCAGCAGGUUGACCAGAAAAGUCACAGAAAAGCAAACAAGUCGGCAUGCUUGGGAGCUUUCAUGGCUCAAAUACUCGUGAACUUCACCGUUCAACUGCUUGUUCGAGAGCUCCUUGUGCAUUCGGAAGUUUAGCAAAGGUCCAAUUAAGUCCGCUCGUUAGGCGCUACCGUACAUUUUCGGUUCAUCUCAAAAUCGACCCGAAAAGCCCAAUACCCAAUAUAAGUGCGUGUGUACGUCUGCACGCACAUGUGUGUGAGUAAUAGCUUUGUUUGAGUGAUACAGCCAAGUGUAAAUUGAAUUUCCCUUUGCGGGAAAUUCAAUAAGUUGAAAACGAUACAAUUCCAUUCGAGCGAGGGGCGGGGCACACAUCAAAAAAACAUCCAUUCGCAGUCCGACCCUUCGUUGUAAAGUCUUCGUUUGAAUGGUCAGUUCGGGAGGUGGCCAGAGCGCCUGUGGGGAAAAGAAAGACACCAAGCACAGAGAGAACAUGCAAGUGCACUCCCUCAGAAAAGACAAAGCGUAAAAUAUCAAAUAUGCCCGAGCCUCUUACGAGGUGCAUUUUUGAAUCGCCUCGGCAACAGGUAACGAAGGAGCGGUCAUGGAGGCUGAGGCCGGAAAAGGAAGAAGAGGAAGAGCUGAAGAUUGCAGUCAAAAAGCAAAAGAGA